GCUUUGAAGUCUUAAGGUAAAGGUAGCAGUGGUGGGGCAGGGGAAGCCCCUCGCGCGGCCCGGGCAAUUUCUCAAGCAUCUCCAGCCAAAAGAUUGUUGGUGGCCUCUUGACACCACAACACCCUGAUCCCAUUCCCCCUCCUCCGCUCUCGACAUUGCUCACCUUUACCCAGCAUGGCUAUCAACUACUUGAUUUUACUGUCGCGGCAGGGCAAAGUGCGCCUGGCAAAAUGGUUCACGACGCUUUCUCCCAAGGAGAAGGCUAAGAUUAUCAAAGAUGUGACGCAGCUGGUUCUGUCCCGCCGGACACGCAUGUGCAACUUCCUAGAAUACAAAGACUCCAAGGUUGUUUACCGACGCUAUGCCUCCCUCUUCUUCAUCGCCGGCUGCGCCUCGACGGAUAACGAGUUGAUCACCCUGGAGGUCGUCCACCGCUACGUGGAGCAGAUGGAUAAAUACUAUGGCAACGUGUGUGAACUGGACAUCAUCUUCAACUUCCAAAAGGCAUACUUCAUCCUCGACGAGCUCCUCCUGGCCGGGGAGAUGCAGGAGAGCAGCAAGAAGAAUGUCCUUCGGGUCAUCAGCCAACAGGACAGCUUGGAAGAUAUGGAGGUGGAUGAGGAUGUGGUCACGAAGAUCAUGUAGCCGACUGGUCGGCAAGCGUUUCUCGGCGGGAUCAUCCGUUUUCUGUUUCUCGUGUCAGAUAUGGGGCAAUUGUGGUUCACGGAGUUUGGAAGCACAUAGGGCGUUUUCUCUUUUUAUUCUGCUAUUACUGUUCUUCUUUUUUUUUUUGGUGGAGAGAGCACCGGGUUCCAUCCGGUACGACUAAUUAAUACCACGUUGACUGUUCAGGACACAGCAGUGCACACCACUGUUCUCUUUCCUUUCCCGAUUCCGCGCUCCUCUACGCGCCUUGGAACCUGAUACUGUGGAUGGGAAGCCAAAGAAUUAUUGGAACUCUCUGGAGAUCGUCUCUCUGCCCAGAGGGCUGAUCGUCUCCCGACCCGUGAAGUCACCGCGGCAUCUCACUGGCCGGUCGCGGAAAACCACGUGACCCGAGUCGCAACGCGCAGCG